GUAAAAGAGUCCAGCCUUGGACACAUGAUGAAGUUUUGUAAACAAAUGAGAGCUUCUGCAGUUUUAUAUCAAAUCUAAUCUUGUUUCGAUUAUUUAGUCUAUCCGUAAUGUUUUAUUUUUUUUAAAUAAUUGUUUACUUGUAUUAAAGCUGUUGAAAGAAUUCUUUACGUUGACUUUUAAAGUUGAAAUGGCAAACUUUUAAACUGUUCUUUUUUUCGAGUGCAAUAUAAAAAAUUAGAGAAACAAAAGAAAAUAUAAAAAUGACUGAGAGAGGAAAUUCAACAAAUUAUAAAAUAGAUUAUAAAGCUCCGGAACAUCCUUUGCCUGAUGAAAUUCAAGAUAUGGAAAGAGAUGAGACUGUUUGUAAAUUUUGCGGUGUAAGUUAUUUAAUACACAAUGAAAUAAAAGCUCUAGAGGACAAACUGAAACUUACGGAAGAAAGGCUAAAGCACCUGGAAGGGUGUGAAGACCGUGAGAAAGAAGCCUGGGAAAGAGCAAGAGAAGCUGAGAAUAACUUAGUGGCUGUUAAAUCAAAAUUAAAAGAAGGAGAUUUCAAAAUAGAAACUCUUCAAAAUCAAUUAAUGACUCUGAAGCCUAUAAAAGAAGAACUAGAGAAUUUAAAGAUCGAUAGAGAAAAUCAACAUGCUACUAUUCAAACUUACAAAGAAAUAAUUCAACAAUUCCAUGGUAUUCAGAACAAUCUGUCUAGUUUGAAAAAUGAUUUAUAUAAUUUUAAAACUGACUGCCAAAGGUCGAAUGACUCUUUUUAUAAUAAUUUUGACAAAGUUCAAGCCUAUAUUUCGAAAAUAAACGAAGCUGAUCGAUCGAAUCAGGAAAUAGUCGAAUCAAUUCAAUUAAGAAAUACUACGUUAGAAAAAGAAAUAGAAAAAUGCCGAUUUAACGAAAAGCUCAGCGAAGAUUUGGAUAAAUGGAAGAAUUCAGCUCAGAAUUCUGAAAUACGUAUUGGAGCUUUAAAUGAAACAGUUGAAAAUCUUAAUAACCAAAUUAGACUGCUACAAUUGGAAAAAAAUCAGGGAGAUCAUCAAUCUAGAACUAGAAUAUCUGAUUUAGAAAAUAUUAUUAGUCAAAGAAGAGCUAAGGAAGCUUCAGUUGAAGAAAGAUGCAAUUUCUUAGAAAAUCAAGUUUCUGAAACUGAAAAAAUUUUAGAAGAAAGAAUAAAAGAGUGCUCAGAAUUGAGAAGAAUUCAACAAGAAAGAAAGAAUGAAGAAGAAUCUGCUAGGCGACAAGCAUCUCUAACCAAUGACAAGGUUAAUGAAUUAUUGAGCGAAAUGCAAAUUUGUAAGAAUGACAAUGAGGCUUUAAAGCAAGAAAGAGAAGUGUUGAUUACCGCUCAUCAUAAUCGAAUGGAAGAGCUUCGAGAGAGUUAUAGAAAGAAAAUAGCAGAAGCUGAAAAGUCUCCAAAACAACUUGAAAAACUAUUAGAAACUGAAAAGAGUAGACACGCAAUAUCACUAAGUAAAUUAGAAAAUGAACUAAAAGAACAAUACGAUUUGCAAUUACAAAUUCAACGUCAAAAGCACGAUAAACUACUGGAAAGUUACAAAAAUGAGAAUAGACAACAAGAAUACCUAAUUCUUAAAAAUGCUCAGGGAAAGUUUGAGGAUGAGAUUAAUCAUCUACAUAAGAAAUUAGCUGAAGCUAAAGCGAAAAAUUGCGAAAAUGAGGCUGGUUUUCGUAGAGAGAUAGAGCAGCUAAAAGCUAUUAUACGUACUUUGGAAAGUAAACAAAAUCAAGCGAAUGCGUCUAAUGAUAAAGUUUUGAGAGAUUUUAAAGAGAAGAACGAAAAAUUAGAAAGAGAAAUCAAGAUGAUCAGCGAGGAUUUAGAAAAUAAAACUAAUCAGCUUUCGAAGAGUCGUACAGAAAUUCAAUUUCUACAAGAAACUGUUAGAAAAGAAUGCGAGGAACGAUUUGAACUAACUGAAGCUUUAAAUGAGGCUAAAGAAGAACUAUUGAAACUUAAAAGACCUGCUGGAGGUUAUUCGACUAGUCGAAGUAAAGUAACAACACCAAGAAUGUCAGCACCUUCAACAAAAGAAGAAUUAGUCGUCUUCAAAAAAUCAAAAGAAGUAUGGACUGGCAAUGGCCGUAGGCACUCAACACAAUCGGAACCACCAAGAGUGAAUGGUGAAGAUAUAAAUACAGUAAAUGUAUCCUUUAAGGCAGACAAUGAUAAAGCCUCAAAGAAUACUCCUUUAGGUAAAAUCUUGAAGCCUCUUAACAGUUCUGGUAAGUGAAUAAAAUAAUCCUUAUAUCGUUUUCUUUAGCAAGUUAUUUAAGUCUCUAUUUAAGUUUUUAUAUUAUAUAUAAAUAUAUAUUUAUUAUGUUUAGAGUAUUUAACUAUAUUAAGUAUUUCUAAUUCAGCUGUGCUAGUUUUGUUUUUUAUAUUUUGUUUAGUAAUUUAAUAUAUACUUUAUGGCCAAGUUUUCUUUGUAUCUCUUUACAAAAAGGAGACUUAAAUGUAAAUAUUCAUACAUGUUGCAUAUUUAACAAAUAGACUACAACUUAACCUAUUGAUUGUUAUUGUUUUUAUAUUUUUUUUUUG